CACAUCCGAGGAGCCAAUAAUCUCUGAAACCACUCUGGUCAGAGCAGGAAGCUCAGGCUCCCUUCCUGCCCCUGUUUUCCUGACAGAAAACUUUCUUCCCUCCUUUUUUGCAUAUUUGGCAAAUGGUUCCACCUUUCUCUCCGCCCCGGUGGCGUGCGAGGGCGGCAGAGAGGAGCAGGCGGCCGGCGGGACAGCAGGGUCCCUCCCGGGAGGCCGAGUUGAGGGGGCUCCGAGGUCCAGGGACCCCAACUGUCCACGUCGGGACUUGAGUGGGAGGCACAGGCUCACGGGUGACCUGACCACCAUGGAUGGCGAUGAGAGUCAAGACAUGUCCCAAGUCUCAGGGAAGGAAAGCCCUCCCGUGAGCGACGCCCCGGACGACGGCGACGAGCCCAUGCCUGUCCCCGAGGACCUGUCCACCACGUCCGGAGGCCAGCAGAGCACCAGGGCCGAGCGAGGAGUGGCUUCCUACGGGGCUGACGGCUUUAGGGACUUUCAUGCAAUAAUCCCCAACGCUUUCUCUCCCAGUAAUGUUAAAGUAGAGGCUCAGAGUGACGAAGAGAAUGGGCGUGCCUGUGAGGUGGAUGGGGACGCUUGUGCCCAGGACUUGCGCGUGCUCGGUGCGGCGGGCGAGGACGUGGCUGGCGCGCACAGUGGCCCCGGCGGCAGAGCCGUGUCAGGAGCUGGAGGCAUCCGCCUGCCUAACGGCAAACUGAAGUGCGAUGUCUGUGGGAUCGUGUGCAUCGGCCCCAAUGUGCUCAUGGUCCACAAGAGGAGCCACACGGGAGAGCGGCCCUUCCAGUGCAGCCAGUGCGGGGCCUCCUUCACGCAGAAGGGCAACCUGCUGCGGCACAUCAAGCUGCACUCGGGCGAGAAGCCCUUCAAGUGCCACCUCUGCAACUACGCCUGCCGCCGGCGGGACGCCCUCACCGGCCACCUGCGCACGCACUCCGUUGGUAAGCCUCACAAAUGUGGAUAUUGUGGCCGAAGCUAUAAGCAGCGAAGCUCUUUAGAGGAACAUAAAGAGCGUUGCCACAACUACUUGCAAACCAUGGGCCUCCCAGGCACGCUGUACCCAGUCCUGAAGGAGGAGGCCAACCACGGCGACAUGGCGGAAGACCUGUGCAAGACGGCGGCUGAGCGGUCCCUCGUGCUGGACAGGCUUGCGAGUAACGUCGCCAAACGUAAGAGCUCUAUGCCUCAGAAAUUUGUUGGGGACAAGUGCCUGUCGGACGUGCCCUACGACGGUGGCGCCAGCUACGAGAAGGAGAACGAGAUGAUGCAGACCCACGUGAUGGACCAGGCCAUCAACAACGCCAUCAGCUACCUGGGGGCCGAGUCCCUGCGCCCGCUGGUGCAGACGCCCCCCGGCGGCUCCGAGGUGGUCCCGGUCCUCAGCCCGCUGUACCAGUUGCACAAGCCGCACGGCGAGGGCCCCGCGCGGCCCAACCACGCCGCCCAGGACAGCGCCGUGGAGAACCUGCUGCUGCUGUCCAAGGCCAAGUCCCUGUCCUCCGAGAGGGAGGCGUCCCCGAGCAACAGCUGCCAAGACUCCACGGACACGGAGAGCAACACGGAGGAGCACCGGGGCGGCCUCAUCUACCUGACCAACCACAUCCCGCACGCCCGCAACGGCCUGUCCAUCAAGGAGGAGGGGCUGCCGGCCUACGACGCGCUGCGGGCCGCCUCCGACGGCCCCCAGGACGCCCUGCGGGUGGUCGGCACGGGCGGCGAGCCCAUGAAGGUGUACAAGUGCGAACACUGCCGGGUGCUCUUCCUGGACCACGUCAUGUACACCAUCCACAUGGGCUGCCACGGCUUCCGCGACCCCUUCGAGUGCAACAUGUGCGGCUACCACAGCCAGGACAGGUACGAGUUCUCGAGCCACAUCACGCGGGGGGAGCACCGCUUCCACAUGAGCUAAGCCCCCGCCACAGCCCCGCGGCCU